AUGUCGUCCUCCAGAGCCCCCAAACGCCGCAGGCUCACGCCACCCCCCGAAGACGACGAACCGAAAUCCCGCUCCUCCAAGAAGAUCCAGAAGCAGUUCUUCAAGAGCGCCGCCGGAUGGGACCUGGAGCAGGACUACGAGAACCGCAAGCAUAAGAAGGGCAAGAAGGACAAGAAGGAGAGCAACCGCCUACCCAUCAAGACCGCCGACGGCCGCAUCGAGCAAUUUCGCGCGCUCGAGGGCGACAACGACGAUGCCGCUUCCGUAGAGAGCGACGGUGAUUGGCUCGAGGGUAAAGAGGACGAGGAUGCCAUCGCCGAGGCCGAGGCCGAGAGGCUGCGCCAGACCAGAAGGAAAGAAGAGGAGGAGUCAGACUUGCCGGAGCACGUCCAGAUUCUCCAGGCCAAGGAGGAGCUCGCCAAGAUUGCGACGGCGUUGAACGAGGACCCGGAAGAGAAUGUCAGCGCCUUCAAGGCCCUGGCCAAGAUCGGCCAGUCGCGCAUCCCGACCAUCCAGAAGAUCACCCUGGCCACCCAGCUCGCCGUCUACAAGGACGUCAUCCCGGGCUACCGCAUCCGCCCCGUCGCCGAGGACGCCCCGGCCGAGAAGUUGUCCAAGGAGGUCCGCAAGCUGCGCGCCUUCGAACAGGCACUCGUCUCGGGCUACCAGGGCUACGUGAAGGAGCUCGCGAAAUGGGCCAAGCUCGACAUCCCCGCCACCCGCAAGAACGGGCAGAGCAUCUCGAGCGUCGCCAUCGCCUGCGCGUGCACGCUCAUCAACGCCGUGCCGCACUUCAACUUCCGCACCGACCUGCUCAAGAUUCUCGUCGGCAAGCUCUCGAAGCGCAAGGUCGACGCCGACUUUGUCAAGUGCCGCCGCGCCAUCGAGACGCUCUUCAAGGAGGACGAGGAGGGCCGCCCCGCCAUGGAGGCCGUCGCACUGCUCGCCAAGAUGAUGAAGGCGCGCGAGUUCGCUGUCGACGAGACCGUGGUCAACCUGUUCCUGCACCUGCGUCUGCUGGACGAAUUCGCGGGCAAGGGCUCGCAGGACCGCGUGGACCACGAAAAGGACCCCGGCGCGCCGCCGCCGCGCAAGGCCUUCAAGAAGGAGUUCCGCACCAAGAAGCAGCGCAAGCAGAUCAAGGAGCAGAAGCAGAUCGAGAAGGACAUGCAGCAGGCCGAUGCCUUGGUUAGCCACGAGGAGCGUGACCGCAUGCAGUCCGAGACGCUGAAGCUCGUUUUUGUGACGUAUUUCCGCAUACUCAAGUUGCGUGUGCCGCACCUGAUGGGUGCUGUGCUCGAGGGUCUGGCGAAGUACGCCCACCUGAUCAACCAGGAUUUCUUUGGCGAUCUCCUGGAAGCCUUGAAGGACCUCAUCCGCCAUGCCCAAGAAGAUGCCGAGGGCGAUGCGGAACCAAGCGCCGAAGAAGCUCCCGCCGCAGAGGAGGAAGAUGACGACGAUGCCGUGGCGCGAAACACCACCCGUGAAGCUCUCCUCUGCACAGUAACCGCCUUCGCCCUGCUUGCAGGCCAAGACGCGCACAACUCCCGCUCCGAGCUGCACCUUGACCUCUCCCACUUCGUCACCCACCUCUUCACCUCCCUCCCCGCGCUCUCCAUGAACCCCGACCUCGAGCUCACCUCCAAAUCGCUGCACAUCCGCCCCGGUGCCACGCGCGACAACCGCGUAAACCUGCAGACCACAACGGUCCUCCUCCUGCGCUGCCUGACGGCCGUGCUGCUGCCCACAUACCAGAUCCGCUCCGUACCACCGCUGCGACUCGCGGCCUUCUCGAAGCAACUCAUGUCGGCGGCGCUGCACACCCCUGACAAGUCCACACAGGCGGUGCUGGCGUUACUGCAGGAUGUGGCGCACACGCACGGAAAGAAAAUUAGCGCGCUAUGGAGGACGGAGGAGCGGAAGGGCGACGGCAUGUACAAUGCGUUGAGCGACAGUGUAGAGGGCAGCAAUCCGUAUGCGACAACGGUAUGGGAGGGCGAGCUGCUGCGGAAGCAUUUCUCGCCCAAGGUUAGGGAAGGUGUCAAGAUACUAGAGAAGAGCAUUGGUAACGCAUAA